AGUCAUUCUACACUUAAGUACAAAAUUGCUACACAAUGACCGCCGAAUCGUCCAACUCCGACCGCACGCUACCUUCUCGUGCAGCGCCGUCGAAAAGCGCUGCGGUAGCCAACAAUGAAGAGUCCAAGCUGACGGCGCUCGAGAAAGCCGAACUAGCGCUCGCCGACAAAUACAGUUCUCCAGAUGUUUACAUCAACGGGGAAACGGAUACCUGCUGGCAUCCGUGGCUUAACAAUCUCGAGCUGAAGCCAUUGCGCUUCGAAACCCGCACAGGAACAUUUGUCGUCGUCUUGCGCAGCUUGGAAGAUACAUGGUUGGGUAAACACCGGCACCGAGGCUCUGUCACCGCAGUUACCAUGAAGGGGGAAUGGAACUACAAAGAGUAUGACUGGGUCGCGAAGCCAGGGGACUACGUGGUGGAAAACCCAGGAACAAUUCAUACGCUCCACAUGUCCAAAGGCGCGGAGGUGGUUUUCACUAUCACGGGCAGUUUGGAGUUCUUUCAUGACGAUGACACCCUGAAGAGCACGAUGGAUAUCUUCAGCUACGCUCAUCUAUACUAUGAACAUUGUCAAAAGCAAGGGAUUCAGCCAAAUGACGGGCUUUGUUUAACAUGUCGGGCGCGCAAGGUCAAAUGCGAUGAGAGAAAACCACUUUGUCGAAAUUGUGAGAAAUCUCGGGUUGAGUGCGUCCCCAGCGAUUUGGUCUCUUUCAGGCACUGGCGACAUCCGUCACCUAACAAGAAUGGAUACUUCGGUCUUUGGGAGCGGAGUCAGACCUGGGUGGAGGUCAGGAUCUCUGCAUUGGAGGUAGCAGGAUAUGAGUUUGUAGAUGAGACCAACGCGAUAGCAGAUGAGUACGAGAUUAUCUGCGACGAAGCCGUCGUACGAAGCUCUGUCAAUCAUAGGAAAGCAUGUCGUACGGUAGUCCGCGAUACAACAGACUCUGAUGCACAUAUCGCUAUUUGUGAACCACACCAGGCACGUAUAACAACAUUAUCAUCGACUCCAACUCACUGGUAUGACACUAGAGGAUAUGUCAUAGAACGUUCAACGCCGACAGAGGCCGACCAUGCAUCUUGGCAUAAUGGGACCUCGGUUGUACAGUCUCGAGGAGAGUCCGAUAGGAUGAACCAUGGGGAGGCGGUUCGAGGUACUGCUAGUAGCACAUCCAGCAACUCGUCCGAUGACACAGGAGACACAUUGAACAAAGGAGCACAGGCUCUGUUGUCCAUGAGUCAUGCUUCAGACCCUCGGUUGGCCUACACUUCGACUAGCAUCUCACCACCGGAGAGCUUACAGACAUAUUGCAGCCAGGAUAGUCCCUUCACGUCUGUUGUCCACCCAUCGAACCCAGGGGGGCUAGCACAGGCCGCUCCUCUAAGCUCACAAGAAGAAGCAUGGCUACUGCGUCAAUUCAGCGCCGAAGUAGGUACCUGGAUGGAUCUCUCAGACCUGUCAGAAACCUUCUCGAAAAAGGUUUGUCGCUUGGCAACGCACGACCCAUUGCUCAAAGCAGCAAGUAUUGCAUGCGCUGCGAAGCAACAGUUCUUGACCGGAAAAUUACCAGAAGGCAUGCACAUCGCACGACGAAAUUACAAUACUGCAAUUUCUCUUCUGAUAGAUAGGCUGGGCAAUAACGAUGAACCAUUAGCCAGCUAUGGCUUCGCAGCCACUGUCAUUUGCUCAUGUUAUGAAAUGUUAGACGCACCGGCCUCAGACUGGCAAAGACAUCUCGACGGGGUGUUCUCUUUCAGCAAAUUGCGCAGAGUGAACGGAUCUUCUGGUGGAAUCGAGCAGGCUGGGUUUUGGUCAACAGCGCGACAGGAUGUAGUCUGCUCCAUCAUGCACAGAUCAAAGCUGAGACUAGACCCCGAUUUGUGGGCAAUUGACCUGGAACACAUAGGCCAGGAAGGGAGUGAGGACUUGGUUAACAACCAGAUCCUCACGAUUCUCGCGAAAGUGGUAAAUUUAAUAGCGUGCUCAGAUAACACCUCGGCAAGUAAAGGGCUCGAUGAAUGGUGCAAGCUGCGUAACCUUCUAGACCACUGGAACCGCUCUGUGAAGGGCCAAAGCUUCAUGGACCCAGUCUCAGUAUACGAGGAGGACGGCAAGCCGUUCACAACGAUAUGGUUUGCGAGGAGCGUUUGCGCUUCCUCGUGGCAGAUGUUCCAUCUUGCUCAAAUUCUGCUCCUCACCUCUUGCCCUACGCAGGACCGGAGUUGUAUGAUUGCCUUCAGGACAAUAGAGGUUAGCAUGUACACGAUCACACCCUCGCAAACGGUGCUAAGCGAUCGUCAGGGACAACUACUAUACCAUGCGAGACAAAUAUGUGGCAUAGCCCAAAGCAAGCCAGACGGAAGCUGUCGGGUAAACUCCGUUCAGCCCAUUUACUACGCUGGAUGCUGUUUUAGCGACAACAAAGAAAGGAAGGCAGCCAUUAUGCUUCUUGAAGAAAUUGAGGAUAACCUGGGCUGGGCUGCCAAAUACCGCGCCUGGGAUCUACGAAGGCUGCGUACGGAAAUCUAG